GUCGCGUUCAGUAAAGGUGAGCUGCGUCACGUCAAAGAGAAGCGCUCAGACACGUUGCGUGAGCUAAACGGAACCUGCCUCUGGAAAACUAUUUAACUUUUGAGCUAAAUAUUGUUCAUUUGCGGGAACAUCUUACCAAGAAUAAUGCUUUAAAAUGAUUCCACUGUUAAACAUGAAGCUAAUUCUGUUCCGUGAAUUGGGAAUCGUCUGUCUUCUGCUGACAAGCGCGGUGUGGUGCUCCGUUUCUGAGAGGAAAGUAUGUCAGGGAACCAAUAAUAAGCUGACUAUGCUGGCACAGCCAGACGAUCACUACAGAUCCAUGGUGCGGAUGUACAGUAACUGCACAGUUGUGCUGGAGAACCUGGAGAUAACCAAUGUUCAGGAGUACCACGACCUCUCCUUCCUCAGAAGCAUUGAAGAAGUUGGUGGCUACGUGCUUAUAGGAAUAAACCAUGUGGAUGUGAUACCCCUGGAAAACCUGCGCCUCAUUCGUGGACAUUCUCUCUUCGAUGGCAAGUACGGCCUUGCUGUGGUGGCAAACUUCCAAAGGAAUGAGUCUUUAGAGAACAACAGCAUCACCAGCGGCCUCCGAGAGCUGCAUAUGAGAAGCCUCGCAGAAAUUCUCAAAGGUGGAGUUAAAAUAGCCCAUAAUCCUUUGCUUUGCAAUGUGGAGACCAUACAGUGGUUGGACAUCGUGCAGGAUGCCAGAGAUGUGACUGUGUUGAGAGGGAGUGACCCUCAGUGUAGACGAUGUGACUCGGGGUGCUAUAAUGGCUCGUGUUGGGCUCCAGGACCAGAGAACUGCCAGAUCUUGACUCGGUUGAACUGUGCCGAGCAGUGCUCACGAAGGUGUAAGGGUCCCAAACCCAUCGACUGCUGCAGUAAACAUUGCGCUGCAGGCUGCACUGGACCCCAAACAACAGACUGUCUGGCCUGCAGAGACUUCCAGGACGAUGGGAAGUGCAAGGAUGCAUGUCCACGUCUUAUGCUGUAUGACCCCAACACUCAUCAACUUGUUCCCAAUCCUGACGGGAAGUAUAACUUUGGAGCCACCUGUGUGAAGAAGUGCCCUUAUAACUUUGUGGCGACCGAUCAAGACGCCUGCGUCCGAACCUGCAGCAGUAACAUGCAUGAAGUGGAGGAGAACGGAAUAAGAAAGUGCAAACAAUGUGACGGCUUGUGCCCGAAAGUCUGUGAUGGUCUUGGGACGGGGGCACUUGUUAAAACCAUCGCAGUCAGUGCAACCAACAUCGAUUCAUUUAUCAACUGCACCAAAAUAAAUGGGCACAUUACAAUAAUGCAGAUGACUUUUCAAGGGGAUAUUUUUACAAAUACUCCCAGCAUGGACCCUGUGAAACUUGAUUAUUUCAAAACAGUGAAGGAAAUUUCAGGGUUUCUGUUAAUCCAAGACUGGCCUGAACACCUCAAUUCCCUCAGUCCCUUUGAGAACCUAGAGAUCAUCAGAGGAAGAACUAAACAACAAGGAACCUUCAGUUUUGCCGCCUUGAACAUACCACACCUGGAUCAUCUCGGCCUGCAUUCGCUGAAGGAGAUCAGUGAUGGUGAUGUGGUGAUCAAGAACAACCCCCGUCUAUGUUACGUUGAAGGAAGCUACUGGCAUAAGCUGUUCAGAUCAAAGAACCAGCGCAUACGAACUGGAAACAACGCAGCAAUGCACAGCUGUGAGCAGCAGAACAGCACUUGUGAUAGUAUGUGUGGAGAGGAAGGCUGCUGGGGUCCGGGGCCGUCCAUGUGCGUCUCCUGCCAGCAUUUCAGCCGUAGGGGGCGCUGUGUCAGUCACUGCAACGUGCUGGAUGGAGACCCCCGCGAGUUUGUGUCAGAGAACAUGUGUUUGGAAUGUGACCUUGAAUGCAAGAUCAUUAAUAAGACACCAAGCUGCCAUGGGCCGGGAGCUGAUCAGUGUACUGAGUGUGCUCACUUCAAAGAUGGGAUGCAGUGCGUGGCACAGUGUGCCCAAGGUGUGCAAGGCCUUUAUAACAGGCUUGUCUGGACAUACCCAGACAAAAAUGGACAGUGUCAGCCAUGCCAUGCUAACUGCACGCAAGGGUGCAAUGGACCAGGACUGGAAGGUUGUGAACUGAAAGGAUCUCACAUGCCUGUAGUGGCGGCUGGUCUUGUUGGAGGCAUGCUACUGAUUAUGGUCCUCCUCCUUUUCAUCUUCGUCAUUUUCCGCAGACGAUACAUCCGUCGAAAGAGGACCCUACGGCGCCUGCUUCAGGAGAGAGAGUUGGUCCAACCGCUGACUCCUAGAGGGGAAGCACCCAACCAGGCUCUCCUUCGCAUCCUAAAGGAAACAGAACUGAAGAAAAUAAAAGUCCUUGGGUCUGGAGCAUUUGGCACUGUCUUUAAGGGUUUGUGGAUCCCAGAGGGUGAGGAUGUGAAAGUUCCUGUUGCUAUCAAAGUUCUGAGAGAGGUUGCAUCUCCCAGAGCCAACAAAGAGAUCUUAGAUGAGGCUUAUGUGAUGGCCGGUGUGGAUCAUCCUCACGUGUGUCGUCUGUUGGGAAUAUGCCUCACAUCCAGUAUCCAACUCAUAACCCAGCUCAUGCCUUUCGGCUCCCUGCUGGAAUACGUACAGGAGAAUAAAGACAAUAUCUUCUCACAGACUCUGUUAAACUGGUGUGUGCAGAUUGCCAAAGGAAUGCACUUCUUGGAGGAGCAUCACCUGGUUCAUCGUGAUUUAGCGGCCAGGAAUGUGCUGGUGAAGACUCCUAACCAUGUGAAGAUCACUGACUUUGGCCUGGCCAGACUGCUGGGUGCAGAGGAGAAGGAACACCAUGCUGAUGGAGGGAAAGUGCCUAUAAAGUGGAUGGCACUAGAGUCAAUCCGUCACUGGACUUACACUCAUCAAAGUGAUGUUUGGAGUUACGGGGUCACUGUGUGGGAGAUGAUGACAUUUGGAUCCAAACCAUACGACGGAAUCCCAGCCAGAGAGAUUGCAGAUAUUCUGGAGAAAGGAGAGCGUUUGCCACAGCCGUCCAUCUGCACUAUAGAUGUAUAUAUGAUCAUGGUCAAAUGUUGGAUGAUUGACGCUGACAGCAGACCUCACUUCCGUGAACUUGUAGCAGAGUUUUCAAAAAUGGCCCGAGAUCCAUCCCGCUACCUUGUCAUUCAGGGAGAUGAUCACAUGCACCAGCUCAGCCCGACGGAUUCGAAGUUCUGCAUGUCGUGGAUCAGUACAGAAGAUAUGGUUGGUGUAGUAGAUGCGGAGGAAUACCUGCUACCCAACAAACGAUUCUUCAACCAAUCACAGCCUCCACCGAUGCCUCAGUAUCACAACACAGAAGACAACUACACGAAUGGUGUGAUGUUGCCCUACAUUACAGUCCCCACACUUAAAGACCUCAUGCUGCCAGAGUACAUUAACCAGGAUGUAACCGCCACAAGCAAUAUGAUAAACCCAAGCUACAAUGGUCCGGCCCGUGGACAGACAGAAAUCGGAUAUAUAGACACGUACGGAUGUAAACCUGACGGGCCGGAGUACCUGAACACGUCCUGUGCUACUCUACCUCGCUCCCCAUGUGCCACCCUGGAUAACCCAGACUACCAGCAGAACUUCCUGCCCUCGUCCACCACUGAUGUUGUUUUCUUCCCUGCAGAGGAGAACUUGCACUACCUGGGGCUCAGCAAAGCCAUGCAGUCUCACAUACGUUAGAUCAACGGUAUGAAAGUAUGAACUGCACUGCUUGAACUUCUUAGUGAACGUGUUGAUAUUGCAGCUACGUUGAGAACAGUGAGGACGUCAGGUCUGGAUAUGCUUGAAGGCGAAUGCCGUAAUGAUCUGGUUAUAAAGGAGGUGUGAGACAUCACGCUGAGAGUAAUGUGUUGAAUGUCAAGCUACAGUAGAGCACAUUUCAGUAUUUCUGUAUAUUAUGGGUAAUAGUUAAUGCUUUUGAUGAAUGUUGUCAUCUGAUGUAGCUCUGAUGUAGCUUAAUUUAUUGAUCCAAAACAUAAUUGAGGUAUUAAGUUAAACUUUCAUCAUUUUUACACCGAUUUAGUGUAAAGUAUUUUAGUAUAAACCUCUAGGAAAAUUGUGACAGAAACGCCACUUGCGACCCCAAUGUUACUCCUGCGAUAUACAGCGUUCAAAACGUUUAUUCAUUGUUAUUAUAAAUUAUUAUUUAUUGUGUUAGUUGCUACUUUUUCUCCCACACUUUUGGAAUUUUUUUCCUCCUAAUUCUGAGUUUGUAUCUCAUGAUGUAGACUUUUUUUUCUUCUUCUCGGAAUCGUGAGGCUAUAAACUAUAAACAUCUCCAAGUUUACAUCUUGCAUUUGAGUUUAUAUCUCACAAUUCUGACGUUUCUCUAAAUCCCGGGUUUACAUCUCACGUUUUUAUUUUAUUUUUUAUAAGAAUUGGAAAUGUUUCUUGAGCAGCAAAUUAGCAUAUUAGAAUGAUUUCUGAAGGAUCGUGAAACUCUAAAGACUGGAGUAAUAAUACAAAACAAAUUCAGCUUUGCAUCACAGGAAUAAAUUACAGUUUAAAAUAUUUUUAAAUAGUGAACUAUUAUUUUAAAUUGUAAUACUAUUUCACAAUAUUACAAUUUUUACUGUAUUGUUAAUCAAAUAAAUGCAGCCUUAGUGAGCAUAAGAGAAUUAGUUCGAAAACAUUAAAAUAAUCAUACUGACCCCAAACUUUUGAACAGUAGUGUAAUUAGGAAUGAAAUAAAACAAUAAAAUAAUUUUGUUACAUACCAGAAUGGAGAAGGCUAGAAGGGAGGAACUCAUGAUGACUGAAAAGGAAAAGGUUUCAGCUACAGUAUCGACUGAAAAGUAAAGUUAUUUUAGAGGCAAAGCAGGUUAUAACAUUUUGAUGAAAGAUUGAUGAGAUUACUAAAACAAAUGUUUUUAUUUCGAAUAAGGUACACCAAUGAUUCGUGCGCAAUAUUGUGAAGAAUGCACAUUAAGAAUGUAAAUAAUACAAACAUUCUAUUUAAAUAUUCAAGCCUCUCCUCUGUAAAUAUAA